AUGAUGCUGAACUCGGACCAGGCCGCUCUCGACGUUCCCGCGGCGCGUUCCGGCCCCGACCCCGCUCUCGGUGCCGGCUCCGGCGAUCCCGGGCCGGUUCUGGCCCGCGGCCCCGAGGAGCCGGCCCGGAAGGAGCCGCUGAGCCGCGAGGAGCGGCGGCGCCGUCGCCGAGCCACGGCCAAGUACCGGACGGCGCACGCGACGCGGGAGCGCAUCCGCGUGGAGGCCUUCAACGUGGCCUUCGGGGAGCUGCGGAGGCUGCUGCCCACCCUGCCCCCCGACAAGAAACUCUCCAAGAUCGAGAUCCUGCGCCUGGCCAUCUGCUACAUCUCCUACCUGAACCAUGUCCUGGACGUGUGA